AUGAACACAAACGGGUCAGAAGAUUCAGCGGGCCCUGUUAAAAAUAAACAAAAUCUGGUGUUAUUUUUGGAUCCUGAGGAGCACCAGAUUAGAGCAUGCCCGGACAGUUCUUUCUGUCCAGAUACACAGACUACUCCGGCAACAUCCCCAGCUCCUUUUCAGUCCUACCCCGCUCUUCCUUACAACGAGGAGAUUUAUUUAGCUGAUCACGACGAUAUUCCAACAAUGUCGUGUGGAACAGGAGUGGUACGGAUCGUACUGUUUAUCUGCAACAUAGUAGUAUGGUUGCUAGGUGUGGCCCUGUUUGCAGUGGGUCUCUACAUCUUUAUAGAUGGUAAAGACUACUCAGAGCUUAUGGACGGUGGUCUCUUCAGUGCGAGUGUUGUUCUUCUAGUGGUCGGGUUCCUUAUCGCUCUUAUCGGCUUCCUGGGCUGUUGUGGAGCCGCUAAGAAGAACGGCUGCAUGCUCUUACUGUAUGGAAUUUUUCUUCUGAUAAUAAUCCUAAUUCAACUGGCUGGGAUAGUCAUCGCUUUCCUCUUCCAAGACGAUGCUGAGUCUUAUAUCAGGGAAGGAAUCACCAAAUCUCUAGCGGCGUACGGAGGGACCGAGUCGGAGGAGGAGGCUUAUACAACCGCUCUCAAUUUAGCUCAGGAGAAUCUCGACUGCUGCGGGUUGACUGACUACAAAGACUAUUCUAACUCCACGCUAGCUGUAAAGUGGGUUGCUGCUGGUAACUCCACUCACGUGCCUGACUCAUGCUGUCUAAAGGUGGAGCUGAAGUGCGGGGAAAACCAGGGCACCAAAGCUGACUCAAUUCACACAAAUGGCUGUGUGACGAAGCUGGAGGAUUUCGUGACGGGUAACCUCAAGUUAAUGGGAAUUGUAGCAAUAGUAUUUGUGGUGGUGGAGAUCUGCAACCUUGUGUUCGCGUUCUGGCUUUACAAGAGAUACAAGUGAAGAUAUCAGGAGUAGGCACUACUUGUUAUCUCACGAUAUCACCUCACACAAUCUCACAUCUCAUAGUCAUAAGAGCAGCUAUCUUUUCUCAGGAUCAGUGAUACCACUUGGUAUAAUGCAAUGACAACUUUCAUAUCACAAUAUCACCUAUCAUAUCACAAUAUCAAUUACCAUAUCACAAUAUCAUCUACCAUAUCACAAUAUCUCCUAUCAUAUCACUAUAUCUCCUAUCAUAUCACAUUAUCACUUACCAUAUCACAAUAUCACCUACCAUAUGGCAGUGUAAGUCAUUUCACCUGAUAACUUGAUCACUUAUUUCCUCAUCGCCCAUCGAUCAAUGCUUUACUUCAUAUCAAAGAGGACAGAACCACGUGGGAAUGAAGUGAGGACAUUUAGGAUACCAUGUUCAGACGGUAAAAGAUAGUGAAAUAAAGUUAAAUAAAGUGAAAUAAAGUGAAACAUAGUAGACUGAAGAGACGUUAGAGCGAGUAAGAUAGUCAUACGCCUAGCUAGAAGACGAAGAAACAAGACACCAACUGCGGAAAUUUUAUCAGAUACAUUAUAAUUUGAAUUUGCGAUUAUGAUUUCUUCAAUUUCAAUUGAUUGUUAAUAGUUCAGACUUUAAGACUAAC